AUCGAUAUUUACGCGUGAUGUCGAGAGAAUUAUCUGACAUUAUAGCAGAGCAACGAGAUUUGCGUCGGCUUAUUAUUGCAAAGAAACAAUUUGCUGGAAGGGUGGAAAAGAAUAUCGAAGGAAAUCUCCAUCCAGUCUUUCAGAGACACGCCAGCCUUCCGUUAAACACAAAACAAGAUUUCCAACAUUUUGAGGAGGAACUGUUACAACCGGAAGUUAAAAACAAUCUUGUGGAAAUGUUACGUUCAUUCUUUGAAAAAAACGUAGACGACACAAUCAGAAGAAUAUGGCGGGAGGUAAUGACGAACGAACUAAUGAAAACUUACACCUGGAGUGGAACCCCUAAACCUAAUAGCGGGAAGGAAAAGGGUCUGGCAGUAAAAGGUUCAAGAUUGCUCUCAGCUGUUAUUGAAGCAGUGAAAUUUGGGGACUUUAGUAAAACUCCUAUCCCAAGUAUAGAACAAAUUUCAAAAAUGUUUAUAAGGAAAGCCGUCGAUAGGCUGAAACACAAUGCAGUAGCUCUACAUAAGUUGAGCACCUAAAAUGUCAUGUCCAUAUUUAUUUAAUUGAUUCUGUAUAGGCCGCAAGCCCAGCAAUGUUUUGAUUUGGAUGUACAUUGCCAGGUUAGAGAAUAAACUAUGUGACAUGUUAUGAUUUGUAUUUGACCUUUUUGGGCUAGACUUC